GUGCGAGGCAUCACUGACAAUCAGUCUCACCUUCGUUGGGUAUCUGUCUCACUCAUGGUAUUAUGCUACGCCAGUUUCCGCUUUGUGAUCAUGGACUUUUAUAAGACUACUCGUUCUCGAAAAAGAUAGCUUCGCCGAGACAUUAAUUCUUUAACUUAUUGAAGCCAGCUAUCAAGCUCUCCUUGAAGUAUCUCGAAGGUGCAAGAACGUUUGUCCUGUUCAGUUACUGUUAUUCCACGAUUGUGACAGAUCGAUCCCAACGAAAACGACAGAUUUUUUUAAUGGAAGGGCAAACACAUUAAGUCAAAAUGGAGGGUCCAUUAGAAGUAAAAGAUUCUGCUCCUGGAGCAGAAGAACCCAUAAAGUCCGAAGCGCCUGUGCAGAAUCCUGAUAGUAGUGAUCGGAGUGACGGUGCAGUGUCACCUCCUCCAAAUUGUAGUAUUUGUUUGGGCAAACUGGUGAAUACGUCAUUUACGGAUAGCUGCCUUCAUCAAUUUUGUUUUACAUGCCUCCUGCAAUGGUCAAAAAUAAAAAAAGAAUGUCCACUAUGUAAACAAACUUUUAAGUCUAUCAUACACAAUGUUAGAUCAGAAGAAGAUUAUGAUCAGUACCAUGUGCCUAGAGAAUUGGCAACUUUGGAUAUUAAUUAUGAUCUUGGGCAUCCCGUGGAUGUUAUUGGACAUCAACGUAUUCAUCAUUAUAGAACAACUAUGACAGGGCACCAUCGACGUCCACAUGAAGUAGUGCUUAAUCCUGAAGAAGUAGCAAGAAGAGCACAAGUGCCAAGUAUAGCACCUCAAGUUCCCAUAGGAGAACGUUUACGUAGAAGAGCAAAUCCAACUGAUUAUCGUCGUACCAUUUAUAGGCAUGGAAUUUGGGCUACAGCAUUACCAGAUGUAUUUGGUCAGUUUCGUGAAUGUAGUGCGGAUUAUUAUCGGAGAGAGCCAAGGGAACUGAAUCGACUCAUACCUUGGUUAAAUAGAGAAUUACAAGUGCUACUUAAUAACAAUGCAUCACAUGUAGCAUAUGUAUUAACAGUUAUAUUGGGUGCCCUUAGCCAGUAUGACAUUCGGAGUCCCGAAUUUCGAGACAUAGUACGUCCUUAUUUUGAAACAUUCACAGAUCACUUUGUACAUGAACUACUCAAUUACGCAAGGACUAACUUUGAUCUAGUUGGAUAUGAUCAGUCCGUGACCUAUUUACCGCAAGGAUUAUCAAAUGAGUAUGUAUCAAAUGUCGUAUCACCUGCAUCCAGCAGCAGCAGUAUUAGUUCUGAUGAUUCGGACGUCCGAGUUCUGGAUGAAGCAAUAGAUCUCAGAACGAAUACUGUAACGCCAAGUGCAGGACCCCAUGCAAUAAGUGUACCUGGUCCUAGUACUGUCGGACAAAUGUUCCAAUUGGAUAUUCCGUACAAUGUACCGGACGUUCUAACUAUUUCCUCUGAUUUCUCCUCGUCGGACAAUGAUUGUGAAGUAAUUGGUUACGUAAAACCUCGCCACGAAAGAACGCCGGAAAUCAUAGAAUUAGUAUCUUCAGAUCCUGAAGAAGUCAAUGUUUCUCAAGCAUCGAACGAAAAUGCACAGUCUUCCACAUCUGCUUUUUACGGAGAAAGUUCAAUUCAACCUAGUACAUCCCACACUAUUAAGAAAAGAGGCUCUACCUCAUCGUCCACGGAAAGCGAUUCCGAUUCAGAUAGCGAUUAUGUUUGUAGAAGAAGCAGGAAAUAUCAGAGUCGCUCCAGGAAAUCUAAGAGAAGCACGACCGCUAAAAGACGCAACCGUUCAGGUGAAACAAGAACUCGAAACCGUGUAAGGAAUAUAUCUAGUUCUGGAGAAAGCGACUCAAGGAAAAGGGGAACAAAGAGGACCUCACGCACGAUAAAAAAAAGAAUAAGUAGCAGUAGCGAUUCCAGCUCCCAUGAAAGUGAGUUAAAAACAGUAGAUGAUAAGAAAUCAAGGACUUCACAAUAUUCUACGAAAGGCACCGUACGUGUUCGUAAAGACUUAAUCAAAAAAGAAAAUCGAUAUUUGGAUGACGAAUCGUUCAGCAGCGACGAAUCAUUUGGUAGCGAAUCCGAAGAAGAUGCAAGUAACACUAAAUCUCGUACCUUAAAAAGAUCGAAAAGAGAAUAUACCACCAGCUCUAGUGAGUUUGAUACGGUCAGAAGCGUCAGAGUAACUAGAACUAGAGGGAAGGCUAGACAAGUGUUGGAUACAAAAGAUCUUCAUCGAAAAGAACCAAGGUAUAAGGAUGAUCGACAAUCUAUGUCCAGAAGUAGCAGCGCUUCCUCGUAUGCGUCUCAGAAACAGAAGAAAGUCAGUUCCUGGCGACGAGAAUCCCAGCGAGACCGAAGCGACGAUGAUAGCAAUUCGAAUAGGGAUGUAUCGAGAAAGGAACGGAUAAUAUUAAAGACAAAAUCGAAAGCAGCAAUUCUGAGUACUUCAGAGUCUGAUGACGAUCGUUUCCGGUCCCAUAGUCAGUGUAGCAAUUAUUCAAGUAAAUCAUACACGCAUAAAAGGAAGUCGAAGCACAAAGACAGGCACAAAAGUAAAAAAAGGAAGCGGUCUAAUAGUAGAACGUAUAGCUCGUCUAUGCGAUCACGAUUGACUCGACGACAUCCUGUUUAAAAAUUCAUAUGUACGCGUCAUUGAAACAUUCCGAUUUAAAGAAUGAUUCAAACAAAUAAAAAUAAAGAAAGCAGCUUUUCAGAGACCUUAGAAGCCAUAGAAGAUCUCAGGGUAACGCCCAAUCGAAAUUAAUGGUAUCAGGAGAAUGCAUUUAAUCGUGAAUUCCAAAAUGGAGAAAGAUUAUAUGAUAUAAUGAAUAAUCCUUGAAUUGAAGAUUUAUACUGAUACUUUUCUAAACAACUGCGCGUGCAUAACCUGUAAACAACGAUGAAGCAUGAUGUAACAGUUAUUUGCAAUUUAGUAGCAACAUUCUUUAUGAGAAAAUAAGAGAACUUUAUAGAUAAAAGAAAGUACUAUAUUAUACAAAACAUGCAUUCAUACUGUUUCAUUCCUUUGCCUUUUGAAACGAAAAUGGCUUCCACUUCUGUUAUAAAACGAAUAUAUGAAAAUUGUACAAAAGUUCCAACACUGGUAGUUUUCCCUGUUUAUAAUUCUUCAAUGUAAAUCGAUUGGAUGGAAAAGGUACCCAGAUAAAACGCUAUAGCUCUGGAUAAUGCGUGUCAAAAGACAAUGCACAUUCUACAUAAGUGAUGAAUCUCCGAUUAUAUGAUUAUCUCACUAUUAUCUUCAUCAAUGUACAAUAAACUUGGGUAUAUUUCUUUACGAUCUUAAUUCCCAAAGAAUGUUUGUAAAUAUACGUGUAUCUUAUAAACAAAUAAUUUAAUUAAAAUGUUUAUACAAACAUGAUUUUUUGUAAAGUAGGUAAACCUAGAAAUGUUAUAUGUAUAUUAUACAUGUUAUACGUAAAUCAUAAAAUAACUGGUUUGUAAUAGGUAAUACUGAUUUUCCCUUCUUUCUGAAAUUGUUAGAUAUUUCUGUGAAUAAUAUGAAACUUAAAUCAUAAGUUUUUUUCCUUUUUUAAAAAAAAUUUAUUCUUUCUUUUUCUUUAUUAAUACAGUAUGUGUUUUGCUAAUAUAUAAUUUACAUUUUUGUUUACAUGAUUCAAAUUUUGAAUUAUGUAAAAUGCACUCCCUCUGCAUUGAAUGCGUGUAAAAGGCUAAAAUAAAAAUUAUAUUAUGAAAUUCAGCAUACAUCACGAUGAUCCAAUAUAAGUACAAUAGUUGUUAUACCUGAUAAAAUCAUCUAUGUCCAUAGUUCUAGCACGUUUAUUUUCGGCAUUU